GAAAAUCAGACAUGGGGCAAAUACUUUUUCAUGGCACUGUAUAAUAAUAAAUAUUAUUUUUAAAAAAGGCCAAUUUCGACCCCUUUCCAAGUUAGAUAUAAAAAAAAGAUCAGCAUAUGACAUAUUAGCAUCAGCAGAUGUGACAUUUAAUGAGGAUUUCAAAUAAAAUGUCAGAUUUCAAAUAUCUUCUACUAUUGAGGAGCUACAAGAUUUUGUCCGAGCCAUGGUCUAUAUACUAAAAUUCCCGAAAACGUCCCUAUUUUCAGAACUGCUAUUUUAUGAAAGUAGUGCAGACUAAGCUCAUCUAGAGUUUCUUUUGGUGGGAGCAGUUCCACAUGGUGAAACAUGGCGAAGCCCCGCAGGUACAGCUAUGGACAAAAGUUUUGCAUCACCUACAUUUAAAUGUUUUAUUUAAUAUCAUAUAAUCAAAGAAACUACAGAACGAUAUUGCAAAAGCCUAUCGGAAGCCGUAAUAGUAUUUUAUGUUGGAUUUUGAAAUGUCACAUAUAAAAAUUGUUGUCAGUUUUUCGUUAAGUAUAUGGAAAAUUACAAAGCGGUGUGUAAUUCAGUAUGUUAACGUAACAUUAUUCAGAAAGCUUCAUUGGGCUCACUCACUGGGGUCAGAGUGAUCUAUCACGCCAAGGAGCUGCCUCACUACUGCCAGCACACCCCCCACACAACUGAACUGGACGCUUCAGCACCUCAGCACCUGCACUUUACACCACACUGAAAGUGCACCAAAGAGCCGAGAGGGACUCGCUCUGUUUGGGACCUAUGAUUUCUGUUUUUGUUGCUUUGGACUGUGUUCCCCGUCAAUAAAGUACGCCUCUCUACCAUUGUUGGUAUUGAGGUUGUUUGCACCUGUACCUGUGACUCCUGACGUCUAUUCCACCACCACACCGUCACAGAAACUAAUAGAACUCUAAUCUGGAUGAAGCUGCAAGUGAACCAAACAAGCAAAUGUGAAUUCAUUUUAAAAGAAACUCAAGUUUGGUAUAAUUUUUCUGCUGUGAAAAGAACCUGUAACCUGAAAAAAAUGAGUGAACCACAAUUCGAAUCACUUGCAAGUGAACUAAGUGUAAAAGUGCCCCAAGUGUUUUUCUUCUUGUAUUUUCAUUUUCUUGCUCUUUUAAAAAUGUUUGUUUAAAUUCUUCUGUUACUGGUGUGAACCUAAUGUUUCCAUUACAGCUAAGCUAAGUGCCCUACCCUCAGCAACAUUGGUAAAGGGCUGCAGUGCCCAAGGGCUCAUUCCGUAAAAUGUCCCUGUAGUUGCAUCCUCCAAAGGCUCCCUUUCUUUUUCAUGCCCCCCUUGAUAUCAGAAGCAUACUUCGACACCCACAAUCUGCAUUCCAUGCUAUUGACUGCCAUACAGGUGUGGUAGGAGCAGGGUGCGUGGUGAGUGGGGGGCAGUUGGAAGGGGCUUUCAGCAGGAGUAUGAUAAGGGAUACACGUGCAGGCUGCAUCCACAGGCAGCUUUCUUGGCUGGCUCCAUGCUGAGAUUCCCGUCUUCAGGGCUUCAGAAUAGAAUAGUGUUUUCAGCAUUGUGGGUUUGUUUUACAAUCCACACUUCUGUAAAUAUGUUUAUGUAUAGUGUAAGGAGCAUGGGUCGGAACUACUCAGAAUUCUGACUGACAGGCGCAUUUCUAUAAAAUAAAGAGAGGAGUUUGAUGUUUUGAGAUAUUUUGUCAAUAUCCUUCAUGUUGACACUUAUCCAGUUAGCAAGUUGCUACAAUAUAGGCCUAUAUUAUUAAGUUAUAUGCUGAAUAGCCUACACUGUCAUGUGGUACAUUGUUUCAUUUCUCCAUUUAGUAGCUUAUUUAUAUAUUUGUGGGGGUGGGCUUGUAACUUCGGGGGUGCCAAUGCUACCGAUGUGUGUUGAGCUUUGAUUCUGCAUUCCAUGUGCAGGUUACAUGUGAGUGUAGACUCGUCUGAAGAAUAUUUGUAUGAACUGUACUGUACACCUAUGAUAGCUGCUUGGCAGUGUAUUGUUAACAGUCCAUUGUCGUGUAGUGUUCCAAUUCUGCACAUUCAUGUGUAGCUCUUGUGCAUUUCUGCUAUAUUGGUAAUGAAUGUGCAGGUGGUUUUGCGAAGCAAAAAUACAUUUGCGAAUUGAGCAAAAAAGUGCUAUUUUCCAACUUUGCACAACUGGGUUUGUGCUGUGUUGGAAAAUAUCAAUUUUUGUGCAAAAGCACUAAUUUUUGUGAGGCACAAAUUUUGCGAGGGGAUUGCGUAUUGCUUCGAAUAUCUGGGCCUACAUGUUUUAGUAUCUAAUAUUGUGGGACCAAAUGCUCCAAUUGUUUUCUUGAAAUGUUUUAAGAUGUCAUAAAACAUGUCUAACCUUAUUUUUUAAAUCUUUUCAGAUGUAACAGUUUUCUCCACAAAACACUGCUGAUAACAGCAAGUAUAAAAUGGCUACAAGUUCUAAGGAUCUCCUCCUUGAUGCAAUAGAUGAUUUAGUUGAAGAAGAAUACAUAAGAUUUAAAUGGAAACUGGACCAUGUGCGACUGAAAGAAGGAUAUAGAAACAUUCCUAAAAGCUAUUUGGAAAAUGCUAAACAAACUGAAGUUGUGGACAAGAUGAUUGAUUUCUAUGGUGAUGGUUAUGCUGUGGAGGUUGCAGCUGAAACCCUGGGUUGCAUCAAUCAGAAUGAUCUUGUUGAGAAACUGAAGGGAGUGGUACAACAGUUCAAUGAAACUGACAAUUUAAAGCCACAGACCUUGUCUGCUGACACUCCAGAAACCAGAAGCAGAUUCCCAGUUGCCUUACAAACACUGAAAAACACCCACAAAUCCUUCCUAAUAACAAAGUUUGAAUGUGUAUCUGAAUGUAUUGCUAAACCUGGGGAGCAACCUCUACUCAAUGAAGUGUUUACCAGUUUACACAUAACAGAGGGUGAAUGUGGAGAGCUGGAUUACAACCAUGAAGUGAGGCAGAUUGAGUCCAAGAAAGUAAGAUCACAGGCUCUGACCAUCAAAUGCAAUGACAUUUUCAUACCAAGUGAGAGGAGUCCCAAAAGAAUAAGGACAGUACUAACCAAGGGGAUCGCUGGCAUUGGAAAAACCUUCUCUGUUCAAAAGUUCAUUCUUGACUGGGCAGCUGGAGAUGACAACUGUGGAUUUGAUUUUAUAUACAUUUUUCCAUUCCGUGAACUGAACUUGAUGAUAAAAGAAAAAAUCAGUCUGGUGGAACUUGUUCAGCUGUUUUAUCCACACAUGAAAGAGUGUGAGGAUGUUUCAUCGCUUGACUCAACCAAAGUCCUCUACAUCUUUGAUGGCCUGGAUGAAAGCAGACUUCACUUAGAUUUUACAAACUGUGGGAAGUUGUGUGAUGUGAAAAAGUCAACUGUCUUGGAUGUUUUGCUGAUAAAUCUUAUAAAGGGAGAUUUGCUUCCCUCUGCAUCUCUUUGGAUAACUUCCAGGCCUGUAGCAGCAAGUCACAUUCCUUAUCAAUACAUCAGCAGGUUGACUGAGAUACAAGGCUUUGAAGAUCAGCAGAAGGAAGAGUACUUCAGGAAGAAAUUCAAAGAUUCAACUCUGGCAGAAAAGAUCCUCUUACAUGUGAGGAUGUUAAGGAGCGUUCAUGUCAUGUGCUAUGUCCCUGCUUUCUGUUGGAUUAUAGCCACUGUUCUUGGACACACAUUGGGUGAAAAUGGCAAUGAGAACAUUCCCAGAACCCUGACAGAAGUGUACACACACUUCCUGCUAGUUCUGCUGGCUUUACAGAAUCAGAAAAAUGAAAACAUAGAAGAACUACUGAAAGAAAAUCAAGAAGCCAUUCUUAAUAUGGGGAAGUUGGCCUUUCGUAACCUAGAAAGAAACAAUCUCAUCUUUUAUGAAGAUGACCUGAGAGAAUGUGGCAUUGAUAUAAGACAGUCAUCAGUUUACUCUGGGAUUUUUAGAGAAAUAUUCAAAGGAAAAUCAACAAUUUUUAAAAAGAUUGUAUAUUCCUUUGUACACCUGACAGUCCAGGAAUAUUUUGCAGCUUUGUAUGUUUUUGCAUCAUUUCAAAACAAAAAUCGCAAUCCACUGGAAAAAACAGUGAAUGAGAAAUUCCGUGGCAUAUUUAGAACACGUUUAUGUGAAGUGUACAAGAUUGCAUUGAACAAAGCUACUAAGAGCAGAAAUGGUCACCUAGAUCUUUUUCUCAGGUUCCUCUUGGGCCUCGGGAUGAAGACCAACCAAGAACUGUUGAAAGGACUUUUAUUAAAAACACAAGACAAAUCAAAGGACAUCCAAAAGACAACUGAGGAUAUUAAACAGAUGAUUAGGAAAACAACUUCUCCAGAAAGAAGUAUCAAUCUCUUUCAUUGUUUAAGCGAACUGAACGACAAUUCUCUUGUUAAGAAUAUCGAGGUGUCCUUGACCUCGGGAAAUCUUUUGCAGCAGAAUCUUUCACCAUCAGAUUACUCAGCACUUGCCUAUGUAUUACAAAUGUCAGAAGAUGAAUUGGAUGCAUUGGACUUGAGCAAACACUCACUGCAAGACGAAGGUCUGCUGAGACUGAUGCCAGCUGCAAGAUUAUACAAAAGACUGAUGCUGAGUGACUGUCAUCUCACGGGAGAUUGCUGUGAGGACCUGGCCUCUGCUCUGCGUACAAACCAGUCAACCCUGAGAGAGCUGGAGCUGGAAAGGAAUAACCUGGGGGAUUCGGGGGUGAAACUGCUGUCUGCUGCACUGAAGGAUCCAAACUGUAAAUUAGAGAAACUGGGGCUGAGGCAGUGUGAUCUGAUGGGUGAUUGCUGUGAGGAACUGGCCUCUGCUCUCCGUACAAACCACUCAACCCUGAGACAGCUGGAGCUGGGAUGGAAUAUCCUGGGGAAUUCGGGGGUGAAACUGCUGUCUGCUGCACUGAAGGAUCCAAACUGUAAAUUAGAGAAACUGGGGCUGAGUGAGUGUCGUCUCACGGGAGAUUGCUGUGAGGACCUGGCCUCUGCUCUGCGUACAAACCAGUCAACCCUGAGAGAGCUGGAGCUGGAAAGGAAUAACCUGGGGGAUUCAGCGGUGAAACUGCUCUCUGCUGCACUGAAGGAUCCAAACUGUAAAUUAGAGAAACUGGGGCUGCGGAAGUGUGAUCUCACGAGUGAUUGCGGUGAAGACCUGGCCUCUGCUCUGCGUACAAACCAGUCAACCCUGAGAGAGCUGGAGCUGGAAGGGAAUAACAUGGGGGAUUCGGGGGUGAAACUGCUGUCUGCUGCACUGGAGGAUCCAAACUGUAAAUUAGAGAAACUGGGGCUGAGUGUGAAUUGUCUCACGGGGGAUUGCUGUGAGGACCUGGCCUUUGCUCUCCGUACAAACCACUCAACCCUGAGAGAGCUGGACCUGGAAUGGAAUGACCUGGAGGAUUCGGGGGUGAAACUGCUGUCUGCUGCACUGAAGGAUCCAAACUGUAAAUUAGAGAAACUGGGGCUGGGUGGGUGUGGUCUCACGGAUGAUUGCUGUGAGGACCUGGCCUUUGCUCUCCAUACAAACCAGUCAACCCUGAGAGAGCUGGAGCUGGAAGGGAAUAACCUGGGGGAUUCGGGGGUGAAACUGCUGUCUGCUGCACUGGAGGAUCCAAACUGUAAAUUAGAGAAACUGGGUCUUAAGUCAGAAGAAGCCAUGUGACCCUCCGGGAAUGGCUGAAGAUGAUGUCUGGACAGAGCCACUGUGACAUCACUCAAACAGACCACACCUACCUCUCGAUACAAUAAUAAUGUGUUUUUUUAAUUUAAUGCAUAUCAUUGUUUGGGUACUAUAAGGAAGAUGCAUAUAUUAGGGUCUGGAUUAGAUACACGUUCUCAAGGCUGGGAAACAGUUCUAAUGAGAACAUGCUUGCUGAAUAUAACUGCUGUUUAAUUGUAUGAGAACAGCUUGACUCAUUACAUCACAGAGCAGAACAGGGAGGAGAGGAUAUCCCUUCUGUGCCCUCAUGGUCUGCACUGUUGUGCUGCCCAAUAGACUUCUACUAUUUCACUGACAUUACAUUCUUGCAUUUGAAAAAAUCCACUGUUCUGUAUCCAAGUUAAUCAUUUAUUGCUACCAAAUAUUAUUUUAUAAUCUUUUUGAAACGUUUGAACUAGGUGCCAUACAUUUGAGAGUUGUCUUGAAUUGUGUUAUUUCUUAAUGAAUGAGUAUUACAAUGAUUAAAUUGGUUGAUUAUUUGAUUUUACACAUUCAUUAUUAGUUGUGUAAUGCAUUAAUUGCUGUUUUUGCUUAACUUGUACUAAUAAAAUGUUCAUAUUGGAAA